AUGCCUACCGGCCAUUUUUUUUCUUUUCUUUUCUUCCAUCUUUCAUUUUCAAUCAUUUUAUAUUCAUUCGUUCGAUUUCAUUUUUUUAAUUUUCUUUUUCAAUUUUUCUAUUUUCCUUCUUAUCUUUUCUUAUUUUUCUUCCUUUAUUUUUUCUUUUUUACUUACUUUUCUUUUCCUUUUUGUAGCUUUUUUCUUUCUUUCUUUACUUUUUUUUCUUUUUUUUCUUUCUUUUCUAUCAUUUCGUUUUUUUUUAAUUUUCAUUUUUUUCAUUAUCCUUUCUUUCGUUCUUAUUUUUCAAUGAGUUUAUCUUCAUUUAUUCAUUCAUUAUUUAUUUAUCUAUUUAUUUAUUUGGCUUUCAUUGAUUACGUUUUUACUUUCUUCUUUUCUGUCUUCCUUUUUUAUUUUGUUUUCCUUUCUUUCCUUCCUUCAUUUCGUUUAUUCUUUCCUACCUUUCCCUUUUUUCUUUCAUUUUCUUUCAUUCUUCUUUUUCUUCUAAUAAUGUUUUCUUCAUUCCUUCCUUUUUUGACGGAUAUUUGUGUGGAUAUAGAAAACAAUACGAUAUUUUUUUUCUAUCCGUCCCUCCCCCAUCCACACUUUAGGCAGACAACAUAUUACCAGAUUUUUUUCUGGGCUCCAUAUAUAGGCCACUGA